AAAUCAGGAGUCUAUGGAUCAUCUUGUUCCUCCCCUUGUCCUGACAUUAACUGUCGUUAUUGUCACAUAGAGACAGGUGCUUGUCAGGGAUGUAAACCUGGGUACCAGGGGCAUAGGUGUGAACUACCCUGCAGUCCUUCUUUUUAUGGAGAGGUCUGUUCGCAAAUAUGUGGAAGCUGUAGCAAUAAUGAAACUUGUCAUCAUAUAAACGGAGUAUGUGAAAGAGGCUGUGGUAAAGGCGUCUUUGGGGAAAAAUGUUUGAGACCAUGUCUGAGAAGAAACUAUGGAGAGAAUUGCAAAGGUGUGUGUCAUUGUGACUCAUGCAACCGAUUUUCGGGAAUAUGUAACGGACCUUGCUAUUCUGGGUGGAGUGGUCCAGAGUGCAAUAAAGAAUGCAGUCGGAGACAUUACGGAACAAACUGCUCCAGUAAUUGUGGAGAUUGUUUGAACUUUGAACAAUGUCACCAUAUAACCGGUUCUUGUUUGAAUGGAUGUGAUCUUGGUGUCUAUGGAGAAAAAUGUGCCAAUGAGUGCCCAGAUGGACAAUAUGGAACAAACUGUGUGAAGAUGUGUUCCCAGAAUUGUCGGUUUUCUCAUAAAUGUGACCGUAAAUCCGGAUCUUGUCAGGAUGGCUGUAAAAGUGGGUGGAAAGGGCUUAAAUGUGAAUUAGAAUGCAAUUCCGAUAUGUUCGGGGAGAAUUGUAGUCUCCAGUGCGGACAUUGCUUAGAUGGACAUCAAUGUCAUCAUAUCAAUGGAACUUGUCUUAUGGGGUGUGACCCAGGGUACUCUGGUGUUACAUGCACUGAUGUUUGUCAGACCGGGUCAUAUGGAGUUGGCUGUAACCAAAAGUGUAGUGCGUUUUGUUCCGUGUCAGGUAUUUGUGACCACGUGACUGGUGUAUGCAAACAUGGUUGUAAAAGUGGCUGGAUGGGUCUGGAUUGCUUAGAGGUGAAGGAGAAAGAUGAAAACAAUAUAAGACUUUACUUCAUCGGAGGCACUCUCGGCAUCAGUGUAAUUGUUAACGUUCUAAUGUUAAUCUAUGUCAUCCACUUAAGAGGCAACGUAAAACAGUUGAAAACGAUGGAUAAGUACAAAGAAGGAAAAGUAAACAGUAUGAAGACAACAGAGGGGAAAUAUGAUACAAUAAUACAAUCUUCAAACUCGGAAUAUCAGGAACUUGGAGUGUUGGGCCAACGACCUACAAAUUAGUUCCCUGUUGUUUCUACUGGGAUAUUGUACUCACUGGAAUAUAUAUUUUUUUCUCUAAAUAUUAUCCUGAUUUCUUUUCUGAACUGAAAUUUAAUUUUGUCUGUAUGGUAAAUGGUUUAUGUUUUAUUUUUGACUACUGCUUUGGUGAGUUCUACAUUCUGCCCAUAUUAGGACAAUUUACACAUGUGAUGUCUAGCAUUUUUCUAAUCAGGAAAUGUGCAAAACGCCAAAACGUAUACUGUGUCCAUAAUAUUAAUUGUGCAAAGGAAGUACGUCGAAACGAUGUCGUAAUAUGAAGAUUUUUUUCAAUCUUGACAAGGCAAACCAACAACACUUUUGCAAAUUUGAUUGACAAAUAGGGAACGGAGGCAGCAGAGAAGACAAAAAAGGAAACAAUCUAUUUCUUGAAUGCUCAAUUCCACUAAAU